UCCCCGUGCAAAAGAUGUCAGGUGAGCGCCUGGGAACGCCCUUGUGUGUGGUGUGUGUCCCUGUCCAGGCUAGAAGACCUGGAGCUGGCCCCGCUGGGGGAUUCUGAUGUCCACGUCAAGAUGCUGGCGGCCCCCAUCAACCCCGCGGACAUCAACAUGAUCCAAGGGACCUACGCGCUCCUGCCGGAGCUGCCGGCCGUCGGAGGCAACGAGGGCGUUGGGCGAGUGCUGGGCGUCGGGAGGCGCGUGACGUCCGUGACGCCCGGCGACUGGGUGCUCCCCGCGGACGCCGGACUCGGGACGUGGCGCACGGAGGCCGUGUUCCCCGAGGAGACCCUGCUGCGAGUGCCCCGCGACGUGCCCGUGCUCUGCGCCGCCACGCUGGGCGUCAACCCCUGCACGGCCUACAGGAUGCUGGCCGACUUCGAGAGCCUGCGGCCGGGCGACUCCGUCAUCCAGAACGCUGCCAACAGCGGCGUGGGCCAGGCCGUCAUCCAGAUCGCCAGAGCCGCCGGCAUCAGGACCAUCAACGUGGUCCGAGACCGACCCGAUCUCCCAAAGCUGGUGGAGAGACUCGUGUCCCUUGGUGCAGACCACGUCAUCACAGAAGAGAUGCUGAGGAAGCCAGACAUGAAAGACAUUUUUAAGAGCAUCCCGAAGCCCCGGCUCGCCCUCAACUGUGUCGGAGGAAAAAGCGCCACCGAGAUGCUGCGGCACUUGCAGCCCAGAGGGACGAUGGUCACGUACGGGGGAAUGGCGAAGCAGCCGGUGACGGUGCCUGUGAGUGCGUUCAUCUUCAAGGAUGUGAAGCUCCGUGGGUUCUGGAUGACCCAGUGGAAGAAAGACCAAAUGCACAACAAGGACGCCCUGCAGAGCAUGAUGCAGAGCCUGUGCGAGCUCGUUCGGAAGGGGCAGCUCGGCACGCCGGCGUGCACGGAGGUCCCGCUCGAGGACUACAGGGCCGCCCUGGAGGCCUCCAUGAAGCCGUUCACGUCAUCCAAGCAGAUACUCAUCCUGUGACGCUCCCGCUUUUGGAGAGAGAUUCCAACCUUGCUUUAGCUUUGAUUAGUUCCUCUGCACUGGAAGGCUUAGGGUUGAGGCAGCUGCUGCAGGAAUUGCCGAGGGGGUGAUGGCAGGGGAUGGGGCAGCCAAAAUCUGAGCAGCAGAAGCUGCCAUUCAGCAAGGCAGGGAGGGCACUGGGCUUCUGCCUGCCGCAGCCGGUCACCACCUCCUGCCUCAUUUAGGAGCUCAGAGCUUUGUUGUGCUUGUUGUGCUGUUCUCAGGUCACGCUGCAGGGCAGCGCAUGGCUGCUCGCUGCCUCCAGGCCGGCACUGGCACAGCCAAAUCUGCUGCUCAAGGUGCUCUUGCUCUUGGCCACCCCCAGCCCACAGACACCGGAGUGUCCAGCAGAGUGGGCUCGGAGCCUCCCAUCCCUGCUCUGAUCUUGGCUUCCCGCUGAAUGCUGCUCUGCUGUUCCGCAGCCCCAGCCAGAGCUUAGUGCUUGCUCCAGGGAGGCAGCAGUUCCUUGGGCAAUGAGAGACCCUUCAUGAGACCCUUCCUGGCCACUGACCCCUGUCUGGGUGCUGUCGGUCUCUGCGAUGGACAGGACAGAGCAGGGACAGAUAGAGCAGGUCAGGAGGUGUCUGGCACAAACCAUGUGGACGAGUCUGCUUCCUGGAAGAGAAGAUGUCUAAGGCCAGCAAGCACUCGACAUCUGUGACCCUGAUGGCAUUACUGGGGUAUAAUGAGCCAGGUCAUACUGCUCAGGGCAGGCUCAGAUCAGGAGGCCUUUGCUCAGAGAUUCCUGGAAAACAGCAGAAAAACAGGCAGAAAUGAAGAUUUAUCAGGCACAAGCCACCACUGCCACACCAGGCUGGACUGGCUAGACUGUCCCACCACAGCAAGACAGGACAGAUGUCUCAGGGAGCUCCCCGGUGGCCCCACGUUUGAGCCAGAGACAGGACUCGCCUCCUGAAUUUUGCUGCUGCCUCAGCCCUGGGUGUUGGGUCCGAGGCCUCGGUGGGAGACCAGCUCCCCGUGUUGUCCUUGCUUGGGGUCUCAUGCGUGUGUGGGAAGGGGGUGGCUUUUUGCAGUACUUUGACUUGAAUUAAUUUUUGCUG